AUGGUGCACCAACACAGCCUGGACCAAACUUUCAUUCAUAAAACCACGACUCACGAAUAUCACAUUCGAUGGACGCGCUUGGGCAAGACUACCUCACCAGCUCUCGUCUUUAUACACGGCACGCCAUGGAGCAGCGCUGUGUGGCAGGAUUUGGCGACAAGUCUUUCCACUCACUAUAAUAUCUAUCUUUAUGACCAUCCAGGUUUUGGCAUUUCACCCCCAUACCGCCGCUUGGUGGAUGCAGCGGAUCGUGACAAAGUCGACCUAGAUGCAUCUCUCGUCCUUCGUGCCGAAGCGACCGCUGCUCUCUUCAAACACUGGGACAUGGCGAGUCCACCUCACGUGGUGUCCCAUGACAACGGCGGCCUGGUCUCCUUACGCCUGCUUCUGGAUCAUGGUAUAAAAUUUGCGAGUUUGUGUCUCAUUGACGUUGUGGCGAUUGGUCCGUUUGGGUUGCCAUUUUUCAAACUCGUCGCCGAGAACGAGGGUGUCUUCACGGCCAUUCCGGCAAACCUCGUUGAGGGCCUUGUGCGAGCCUAUGUGAAAAGUGCGACAUGCAAGUCAUUGCCCAAGGAAAUUGAGGAUAUGCUAAGCGCCCCUUGGCUUGCGGGUGGGAUGCAAGGAUCCGACAAGUUCCUGAAAGAAAUGGUACAGGCUCAUUACCGGGACGCUGGUGUACUUGAGAACGAGUAUGCUCGUGUCGGAGGUCUAUCACCAACCAAGAUUAUUUGGGGGCUAGAGGAUGCUUGGAUACCGGUCGAAACAGCUCAAAGGUUGAAGAAGGCACUGAACGCGGAGCAUCUGGUCAUCAUUGAAGAAGCAGGGCAUUUGGUUCAGUAUGAUCAACCGGGCAAGCUUGCUCUCGAGGUAGGACUGUGGCUCAGCAAACACAGCAAGAAUGAAAUAUAG